AUGAAGUCAGGCGGCAAUCUAAAGCCAAAAGCUUAUAAGGCCAUUGAACAAAAGAUGAUAGAAAAGUUUGGGCCAGGUUUCACAGUAGAAAAAAUAAAAAACAAGUUGAAGAUUACAAAAGCAGAUUACAACAUAUGCAAGCAAAUUUUGACAACAAGUGGGUUUGGUUGGAACCCAACACACAAGUGCGUAGAUGUUGACAAUGAAGUUUGGGCCGUCUACAUUCAGAAAUUCCCUGAGAGGCAGAAAUUUAAAGGAGAGCAAAAAUGGAAACACUAUGAAGAGUUACAUGAAGUGUACGGUCCAUCAACUGCCACAGGUCGUGAUGCUAAUAAUUGUACUUCGUUCAUGAUGACUGAAGACUAUGAGUCUAAUCAUGCAGCAGAGACCCCUAUAACCCAUACGCCUGAUUUGGGGAUAAAUAUUGAUGAAAAUAUAAGUUUCACACAAAUGUUGAAUAGUGAUUCUCCUAUACCAUCACCGGCACAUGUUCAAUAA